AUGCUGAUUAAGAAUAUUUUUAAUAUCCUAAAGAUGGGAGAAUCUCGUACUGAAUUGUUGGCGUGGCUUAAUGAAUUGUUACAAAUGAGAUAUACCAAGGUUGAGCAAGCAGGAACAGGUGCUGCUUAUUGCCAGAUUUUUGAUUCCAUCUACGGGGAUGUGCCCAUGAGCAAAGUAAAAUUCGAAGCUAAACUUGAAUAUGAGUUUAUUAAUAAUUUCAAGAUUUUGCAAAACACUUUUAAAAAACACAAAAUUGAAAAGAAUGUUCCAGUCGAUCGUUUAAUAAAAUGUAAGCUUCAAGAUAAUUUGGAAUUUAUGCAAUGGGUUAAAAGAUUCUGGGAACAAAAUUACCCAGGAGGAGAAUAUGAUCCUUUGGCUCGUCGUAAAGGAUUGGGAAGUACACCUAGUGUAGGUGCAACUAGAUCAUCAUCUACUGCCAGUACUGGUAGAGUUAGUUCUGCUGGUAGAAGACCCACUAAAACUCCAGCUACACGUAGUAUGAGUCGAGGAGGACGUACUAGUGUCUUGGAUAAUCAUUCAGCGUCAAUGAUUAUUGAAUUAAAUAAACAGAUUGCAGAACUCAAGUUAACAGUGGAUGGACUUGAAAAGGAACGUGAUUUCUAUUUUGGAAAGUUACGAGAAAUUGAAAUUGUUGUUCAAGAAAAUCUAGAACAAAUUGAAAUGGAAAAUCCAGAAGUAGUAGAAGAAGAGCAUGAGGCACUUCCUAUCUUACAAGGCAUUCAAUCUAUUUUGUAUAGUACAGAAGAAGGCUUUGAAGUGCCUCCUGAAGAAGAAGAAGAAGGAAAAGUUUUAGACUAUGAUGAUGAAACCUUUUAGAUGUUUUUUUUAAAAAAAAAAAAGAUUUCUAAAUAAAAUAAAAU